AUGAAUGCUUAUUAUGGUAUUGUAAAUGCAACUGCUGCGGCAGGUGAUGGUGUUCCAGUGGAAAGGGCUAGAUACUGCUUAUACAACACUCUUGACCACAACCUGAUUAAGGGGAAGAUAGUGGUAUGUACAGCUGCGCUAAGAGGUAGCAGAAGUUCCAAAGGCGACGUGGUUCAAAAUGGUGGUGGUGUUGGAAUGAUUCUUAUUGACCCAUUUUUUGGUAAUCAAUUGCCCACUGAAUACGCCAUUCCAACUACGGUUCUUGGGCCAAAAGAAAUUGAAAUCCUUACAGAAUACUUAACAAUUGAACAGAACCCAACUGCAAUCAUACACCGAACAGAAACAGUAAUUGACAAUGCCAUUCCAGCACCAGAUAUGGCUUUGUUUUCUUCAAUGGGACCAAAUAUUGUCGCCACUGACAUUAUCAAACCUGAUAUUACAGCGCCUGGUGUGAACAUAUUGGCAGCAUGGUCUCCCGUAUCAAUUGAGUCAGCAGGAAAAUCGGUCAACUAUAAGUUUGAUUCAGGAACAUCCAUGUCCUGCCCACAUGUUUCUGCGGUUGCUGCUAUUAUAAAGAGUCACCACCCUGACUGGAGUCCAGCAGCUAUAAAAUCAGCCAUUAUGACAACAGCUACUGUGACGCACAAAACUGGGGGAGGACGCAUAUCGAAGAAUAUGGAUGGUUCUUCAACGACACCAUUCGACUACGGAUCAGGACAUAUAAAUCCUGUAGCAGCAUUAGAUCCUGGACUGAUAUAUGAAUACGGUACCGAUGGCAUGAUCGGAUUCAUAUGCAGUAGUGCCAACCUGCAACAAAUUCCACUGCUUCUAGCGACCUGUCCUGACAAACCAAUUCGGACGCAUGAUUUAAACUAUCCUUCAAUUGGUAUAGCCAAUAUGAAUGGAAGUGUAACAGUUCAUCGAACCGUCACAUACUACGGACAGGGCCCGGCAAUUUUCGAAUCUGAAGUCAUUUUAGACAACCCUAAUGUAAAGUUCAUAGUGACACCAAAACAACUCGAUUUCAAAGAAGCUGGUGAAAACAUAUCGUUUAGUGUUAAUUUUAUGGCUGACAGCACUAGUCCUGGCAGUUUGGUGUUCGGAUCCUUAACUUGGAGCUAUGGCAAGGGUGUGGCAGCCAUGUCAAGCAUGAUGCUCCCAGAAGACGUAGUUCUUGAAAUCCUUAUAAGGCUACCUGUGGUUGGUGCGCUUCUUUUUAUUUGGAACCCGACAACUGGAGAAUACAAGAUAUUACCAGGUUCACAGAAUAAAGUUAGGGACCAUGAUCACUCGUCUAUUUAUUCAUUUGGCUACGAUUCUAAGAAUGAUGACUGCAAGCUUGUAAAAGCUGAAUUCUCGGAUUAUCUUGUCAAAUUUCCACCAAGUGAGAGGAUGUUCAUGUUUCUGAGGUAUAUUCGUUAG